CGGUCUUACUAGCUCAAAAAAUAAACAAAAUUUAGAGAAAGUGGCGAUAAACAACGCCCGUGAAAUCCGUAUAUUUCAGACGUCAAUAUGCGCGAUUGGAUGCCGGUACUCUUCUGCGGACUAUCCGUGCCGCUCUCCCUCUUCAUGUGGUUGGGAAACGUGGCGAUAUCGAAGAUCUGGAGUAGCGACUUUGAGGGUUAUCCAACAGAGUCUCGGGUGAUUCCGCCGGUACGUUGGCUAUUCUCCACACUGGCACCUUUGGCCUUAAUGACGGUGGCACUGCGAAGGAGGAGCGUCAAUCGAUCUGGAGCUGCAUUGGGUAUCCUGGUUGCCUUCAUCCUCUCCAUUGCCAGCCAUCCGUUCUUCGCCAGUCUGGUAGUGUUCUUCUUUAGCUCCUCACGAGCCACCAAGUUCCGGGCGCACAUGAAACGGCGUUUUGAGAGCGAUUUCCGAGAGGGCGAAGGCCAGCGGAACUGGGUCCAGGUGCUGUGCAAUGGAGGCAUGGCCGCCCAGCUGGCGCUUCUUUAUCUCUUGGAUUGCGGCAGUGGAGAGCGAUCGAUAGACUUUUCCCGAGAGUACCGAUCAAGCUGGUUGGGCGUUGCUGUUAUGAGUGCCUUUGCAUGCUGCAACGGCGACACCUGGUCCAGUGAACUGGGCUCAGUAUUGUCGCAACGUGAUCCAGUGUCCAUUAUCACUUGGCGUCGAGUGCCGCGCGGCACAAACGGUGGCGUUUCGCUAGCCGGGAUUGCUGUCAGUCUGCUGGGCGGACUGCUCGUUGGAUUUGGAUACUUUGUCACCGUACGCUACACAGUGGAGGCCAAAAUGCUAUUGGUUAGUCCACCACAAUGGCCAAUUGUCGCUUUUGGCGGCAUUGCUGGACUUUUUGGCUCUCUGCUCGACUCCGUAUUGGGUGGACUGCUGCAAUUCUCGGGCAUCAAUGCGGAGGGAAAAAUUGUGGAAGCGCCCGGCAAGGGUGUACGUCAUGUAAGCGGACUACGUAUUCUGGACAACCACAGUGUCAACCUCAUUUCCAGUAUCAUUACCGGCGUCACCAUUCCCGUCUUGGCACAGAGAUUCUGGCCCGUACGCUGAUGUUAUUGUUUGUUUUACAUUAGUUUUAAGUGCAAUUCACUAUCUGUACUCACUAGCCCGAUUCGAAAAUGUUGUGCCUGAGAAGAUCAAAUCCAAUGUUUAUCAUAAUCAAGGCCAGUGAAUGCUCUCCAUAUCUAUUUUUGUAAAGCUUCCAGAUCGCCAAGCGAACUAACCGACUAAAAGAGACUCGAUAGAAACAACGAUUAAGGCAAAGGCAGCGGAUUGCCAAGGCAGCUAGUUCAUAUAUUACACUAAGGUAGCUACCAUGUUCCUAAAGGAAUUAAGACUUUGUUGAUACUGCUUAGUAGCACCGCGACUGUCCACCUAGAUUACGUAUUUAAAAUCUCGAUUAAACUAACCUUAUAUAUGAACAA